GAAUUCAGUUUUCAGGCCUGAACAGGAAGCCCGGUCCCUGCAUCACAUGCAGAUAACAGCCCUGUCCGCACAAUCAACAAGCUGCGCUGGAGGAAACAAUCAUCAGUUCCAACUCAGAGCCAGGAGACGAACAAAAGCGAACAACAUGUGGAAGCCUGAGGACACAAACCCUCGAAAACCGUGAGAUGUCUGUCUAAAGGCAACAUGGCUGAUCCUGUUUUUGGACUACUCCUUUGUCUGAUGGCGGUGCAGACCAGUCAGCAUGAAGGAAACAAAACCAGGAAUGAAAGCAACACUUUGUCACCAAGAACUUUUAAAGGAUCGUAUUCUAAACAGAACCACACCAGGCUGCGGACCGUCCUGCUCCCCCCCUGUUCAGGGCCCUGUGUGGAGGUAGACCACAAGGGCCCGGUGACAGAAUACUCCACGGGGAUCCUCAGCACCUGGGUCAUACCUUCAUCGUACAUCCUCAUCAUGCUCAUCGGUAUCCCAUCAAACGCCUACAUCCUGGCGUUCCUCCGAGUCAGACUCCGAUCCAAGUCUUUGUCCACGGUGGUUCUUUACUUGAACCUGGCCAUGUCCGACCUGCUCCUCCUGCUCUCACUCGCGCUGCGUGUUCACUACCACUUCAGUGGCAACAACUGGAUAUUUGGUGAAAUCUCCUGCCGACUUAUAACAGCGUUGUUCUACGGGAACAUUUACUGUUCUGCUCAGACGAUAGCAUGCAUCAGUUUGAGGCGCUACCUGGCUGUGGUCAAACCAUUUUUAUACAGAAGGAUGGCGAAAUCCACACUAGCAGUGUGGAUGUGUUUAGUGGUCUGGUUUCUGUUUGGAGCCGCUGUCGUUCCCGAGCUGCUGGUCAGACAGAGCUACCAUGUCGGCCAGCUGGGGAUCACUACGUGUCAUGAUGUACUUCCUCUAGAAGAAAGCAGCCACUCCCCACUGGUGCCUUACAGGCUGAUGCUGGUUUUUCUGGGCUUCCUGUUUCCCUUCAGUGUUUGUAUUUUUGCUCACAUGGCAGUGGUUCACCACCUAGGACAGAGUGCUUAUGACUGGAGGCCGUUCGUCAGGGUGAGCACUCUGGUUUUCGUCAUUUUUGUGGUGUGUUUCUGUCCCAGUGGCAUCCUGCACGCAGCCCACUACAUCCGCCUGUAUUCCAGUGGGGAUGACAGACUGUAUGGAUACUAUAGAUUAGCAGUGUGUCUCUGCUGUUUUCAUAGUUGCUUGGACCCCUUCCUGUUUAUGCUCAUUUCCAAAACUGCAGACUCUGAGCUACAAUUCAUCUCUCUUCACAGAAAGCCUCAGAGACCAGCAGCAAUGACAUGAAACUUCCUAAUUUUACACAAAAAAAACAGGGAAAGAGUAGAGAUUUACCACUGGAAACAAAAGCAGCAGCAACACUGGUGCCAGCAUGCUGCACAUCGUUGUAAAAUAGAAGUGGUUAAAAUCCUUCCUGGUUUGAUUUCUCAACAUGUUUUUGUAAAAAUGUGAAUAAACAAAGCAGACAUAUUUAACCAAUGUUAUAAAAAGGAUUCUGUAGUUUAACACCAACCAGAUGUAAAAGUAAAAUCUGAAAUAUGAAUUUGAUUUUUCCAUGAUUUGCACUUUUAGGACACAAAAGUCUUGGGUUUUUCUUCUUCUAUAAAUGUCUAAAAGUAUGAAAUAAAAUAUUGCAUUACCUGGCA